UCCAUGCGGCAGUGAGGACCGACCCAUCCGGAGGGCCAGGACCGGCAGCCAGCGAUGGGCGACACGGCUCCCCCCCAGGCCGCGGGGCUGGGGGCCGGGCUGCUGGGGGGGGGCCCGGCGGCUCCCCGGGUGCACAGCGCCAUCGUGGAGCGGCUGCGGGCCCGCAUUGCCGUCUGCCGCCAGCACCACCUCAGCUGCGAGGGGCGCUACGAGCGGGGCCGCGCCGAGAGCUCCGACCGCGAGCGGGAGAGCACCUUGCAGCUGCUCCACCUCGUGCAACAGGGCCAGGGCGCUCGCAAGGCCGGUAAACACCCCAAGGCGCCCGCCGCCACCGGCCCGCCCGCCCCUGCCACCGCCGCCGCCGCGCCCCCGGACUACCACCAGCACCUCCUCAGCAACGGCGGCAUCAACGGGGAGCAGCCGGCGGGGGAGCAGCGCGCCUCGGCCCUCCUGGCGCUCCAAGGCUCCUUGAAGAGAAAGUUAGUGGUGAAUUUGUCACCUGUCAACAACAAAAGACCCAAUGGCGUUUCAGAGAGCUCUUUCCUUGACAUUAAGAGGAUAAGAGUGGGUGAUAAUGUCUCAGUGGGACAAGGUGGACAACAUGUUAACAAUUGCCAAAGCCAGUCAAUGUCAGGAACUAUGUCUGUAGGGCAAGGAUCGCAAAGAAAGGCCAGCAACCUAGCAAACAAUACACAUGCUAGUGGGAAUGGCAUGUUUAAUAUGGCUUUGAAAGAGGUAAAGAAAGAACCAGGAGAAACUAUGUCCUGCAGCAAACACUUAGAUGGCCAGAUGGCCCAUGAGAACAUGUUCCCUAACAGAUAUGGGGAAGACUCGUGGGAACAAAUGAUGGAUCUGGAGCUUCAGGAGCUAUUUAAUGAACUGACUAACAUAUCAGUGCCACCAAUGAGUGAUCUUGAGCUAGAGAAUAUGAUAAAUGCCACAAUAAAACAAGACGAGCCAUUCAACAUUGACCUUGGGCAGCAGAGCCAGAGGGGCCCUGUGAGAUCUCUGCAGAUGGAUAAGAUGGUGAUAAAAAGUGAAUAUGCACCAGGCAUGAAUCAGGCUCCUGUGGGCUCCCCACAGAUGAGGCCUUCUUCUACAGGUCCAGCCUUCACUAUGGCCACCACUGCCAUGUCCACUUCUUCACCCAUCCCUUCAGUACCUCAGAGUCAAACACAGGUAUCGCAGGUUUCUUCUGUGUCCAGCCGGCCAUUGCCCAACUGGCAGGAGGUCUCUCACGCACAGCAGCUCAAACAGAUCGCAGCCAACCGACAGCAGCAUGCCUUGAUUCAGCAGCAACAGCAGCAGCAAGGCCAGACAGCCAACUGGUCCACUUUGUCUCCAUCAGGACCUUCCCCAGGACCCUUUGUGCAAGAGAAAAUCCCCAGUCCUUCAUUUCGCCAGCAGCAGUUCAGCCCACAAAGCUCAGCAAUGCUUGGGGUACCAGUGAAUGGAAACCAGUCAAAAGGGAUGAACAACUAUGUUUAUAAACCAACCACUUCCCAGAGCAAUCCCAUGGACAUAAUGAUGCAACAGAAGCCUCAGGACCUCAACAGAAACUUUAUCAACAGUGCUCAGCCACCACUAGAGCAACAUCACAGCAACACAAAGCCUUUGUUUCAUUUUAACUCAGAGCAAACAAACCAGCAGAUGCCUUCAGUUUUGGGUUCUCAAAACAAGCCUGCCCUUCUGCACUACACACAGCAGGCACAGGGUUCAGCUCCUGUGCAACAGCCACAGCAACAGCAGCAACAGCCGCCACAGACGCAACCUGCUCAGCCUCUCCCAAACCAGUCUCUUCAAAGGCCACCUAAUGUACCCCUAGGAAUGCAGCAAAAAAUGAUGCUUCAGAAAAUGCAGCAAAGCCAGCAAAUCUCAGGUCUGCAGUAUCCAGUCUCUCAGCAGCAUAGACAGGAUCAACACUCUGUGGUAGGCCAGGGAGCUGGCCCCACUCCAAGCUCCAGUUCUUGCUCAAAUCCGAACACUGGAAGUGGUUACAUGAACUCAUCCCAGCAAUCAAUGUUGAAUCAGCAACUGAUGGAAAAGAAACAGGCUCUGCAACGGCAAAUGAUGGAGCAAAAACAACUCCUCCUACAGCAGCAGAUGCUGGCAGAAGCCGAGAAAAUAACUCCACAAGAUCAGCUCAACAGACACUUGACACGGCCACCACCAGAUUAUAAAGACCAAAGAAGGAACGUGGUCAACAUGCAACAAGCAAACCAAUAUCCUGGUGGCUCACCAGCUGUGAGCAUGAGCUCCAACAACAUGUCCUUGCCCAACCCAAUUUCAACACAUAGCAUCAUGUCUCAGAGCUCCAGCCUGAUGUCCACCCCCGCUGGGACCCGAAUGCCUUCCGUUCCUGCCGCUCGGAGUAUGAGCUGCUAUGGGAACCUUCCUUGCAACCAACCAAGUGCAUACAAUGUGACUGCAGGCAUGAACCAAAUGCAGCCACACAGAAACCAAAACCAAGUCCUGCCCAGUCAGAGUAACCCCAUGAUGUCUCGGCAGCAAACCAUGGCACAGGGCAACACCGUGGGGGCUUUUGGGACGGGGUCAGUGGUCGGCUCGCAGCAAGUGAGGCCCAGCUUGAACCACGGAGCCACGGGAAUCCCCGCGCAAAGGCCGCCCAACGUGAUGAUCACGGCCACGGCCACUGCCCAGAACUGGGCCCCGCAGGAAGCUGCAGUGAAGCAGCAGGAUGCACUGAAGCCCGCGGGGGUCCGCUUCCCCUCCGGCACUCCAUAUCCUAACCAGUCUUUGCAACGCAACGUGGGCAACCAGCAUUUUCCUCAGCGUGCGUUGGCACCUCCUAAUCAGCUAACAGCGGGGGUCCAAAUGAGGCCUCCUCCGAACCAAAUGCACCAGACUCUAAAUGGACAAUCUGCUGGCUCGCUACGGGGUCUCAGCAUAAGACCCAACCAGCUGAGAGGACAGACUGUGCCUACCUUGAAUCAGCCAGGAACAAGUAUGACACCUCCGUCAUCUCUGCCAUCAACCAGUUUCACGUCUACCAACCAAAACUCUCGGGCUUACCAAGGAAGUGACCAUGGCAAUGACCUAGGGUUUGACUUUCUGAACCAGCACAGUGACAGUAUAGGGCCUGCGCUCAACAGCGACUCAGACUUCAUAGAUUCUUUACUGAAAACGGAACCUGGUAACGAUGACUGGAUGAAAGACAUCAACCUCGAUGAAAUAUUGGGGAAUCACUCAUAAGUGACAGUACCAAGGGGGAACCAGAUGAAGAGGCAGUAAGGACAUUAGCUUUCUCUUUAGAUGCCAACAACCUGCUUAUAUGAUUUACACUCCAGUAACUGGGCUGUCCUUUAAAAUACCAUGUAGGGCAACUGCCCUGUUUGAAGAGUUGCUCUAGGGACAAAACUGAAGUCUCCCCCACCGAAACAAUAACAUGAAUGAUAUUCACACCUGCCACAAAGGAGUGAGAAUGUGUGAAGGGUCUGUUCCCCACACCGAUGCCCAGUGCAUUGCAAACUCAUCAGUUCUUCUCACAGAGGCUGCGUGUGUUUAAGCUUCUCACACGCAGAUACCAGACAGUGGAAUGGGUUGUGGACCAUCAUUUCUCUGAGUGCAAGUAAGAGCUCAAGCAGUCCAGAGCUCUUUGGUCGUCAUGUUCGCAGCCCUUAAUUUCCUUGGGACUGCUCAGCCCUGACUGCAUCGGGCUUUGCAUAAAUCUCAUUGCAUUACAAAAACUGAUUAUUUGUACACGGCACAAGCUCAUAUGUGCUUUCCCAAUGAGUUUGAUUUAAACCCUCUCUGUUUUGUAGCACACAAAAGGUCUCAUCCAAGGGAAGAAGGAAACAGAUGAUGCAGUGUGUUACUCAGUGUGCUCUAGCCUUCCCUUCUCCCUUUCAUCAGUGCUUGCAGCGAGUGGCAGAGGCAAAUACUGUCCUGCCAGCAGCACAACCAUUUUGGGCAUUGAGGGAAACAUGAGAUGAACUACACCAAAGCUCAGGAUCCUCACUUUGCCACCUUGCCCUAAUCCAGGGACUCCAGUGACUUCAUGGAUGACUUAAAUGAGAAGGGUGCUCACAAUUUGACCCUCACUGACUGCUUUCCCAGUCCAGCUUAGAGGAGGGCAACUUCAUGAAGUGGCUCAGGCAAGCCACUAUCUUCAUCUUAACCCACAGUGAGUGUCAGAUAGUUCAGCCCAGUCUGAUCUACUGAUCAGGUUUACCCCAGCAGGAAUGCCAUCACCUCUGUCUGGGAAGAGGCUACCAUUUUGAUUGCACAGCAUUUUGGCUCCAUUGUGCAUUCCCCUUGCAAUGAUAUGGGGAGUGUAGUUGAGAGAGGUCCGGUGGUGGCCGAGGUCCCCACAACCUCUGUUGGACAGAGUAUAACAGGCUCUGCACCUGGAACUAGCAUGCAAAUCAGUUAUAACCACCUGGGUUACUCACAGUAGGAGACUCCACUCAGCCACAUCUGUGCUUGUAAAUGAAACCAUAUUGGGGAAUAUCUCUGGGCGCUGGACUCAAUCAUCUGUUCUAGGUUUGGGGAUGACCCAGGCCAACGUUGCCCUGAGCAAUUUCUGUGCAUCACUAGGGGGUUAACUUAGAGGAAGGACCAUUCCAAUAGGCAGUUUGCAGCCACUUUGCCUUGGAGGCUAACAGAGCAGAGCAGUAAGGACACAGGGAACAGUCUCAAGCCUGUUAAAUUUCUUCCUGUAGACUUGGUCAGUAAGGGCAUCAGAAGGAGAUGCUGUGUCACAAUAAGGCAGCUCUGCAGCAAGUCAGGUAGGAAGAUUCAUAGAUGGAAACAGAUCUUGCAAAUGAAAAUGAAAAUGCAGUUCUUUAAAAUGAUGUAGCGUGACGUGUUUUGGAACCUCCUCUGAAUUAGCUGAAACUCAAUGUGCAGAAGGAGUACAAUGUCAGCGUUCACAUGCCUUGGUGCUAGGAGGCAUUGCUCUGCUCCAUGCAAGUGCUUUAUUCAUCCUUGAUAGUGGCAGUGGGAUGAGUAGACUACUUGACAAUAGCCUCUGCACUUAUCUGACCUACUUCUCAGGAGAGGUUUUAAUAAGGCUUUUCCAGUCAUUGCACUCUGUCAUUUCACGUGGCACAAUUUUUCGUGAUGUUUCAAGAGGCAUCAUCACACAAACGAGCACCAGCAGUUCCAGGAAAGGUGUAACAUGGGCAUUUAGCUGGAUAGGCCAGUUGAGGUGGGCUGGUCCAUGUUGCUGUUCAUUCACAGACAUGAUUUUCAUAGGAGGGACAAGAGAGCCUGCUGAAGAGUCCCUUCUGCUGCCCCAGCAAGUGACUGUAGCCCACCUCUGCAUUGUGUGACACGGUGGCUCAGCUGCCCAGAAAGCUCCCUUUUCUCCCCAGUUUUGUCUGAGGUGCAUACAGUCCCUUUGAUAUGCCAAUACAAAUUUUGCUGAGUCUUUAAAGAGCUUUUCAGCCCAGGUCACUGGCACCACACCUACGUUUGGAGAGAUACAGACAAUGUCUAGCAAGUGAGUCCCCUAUAAAUUGUGUAAAACUAGAUUGAAAUGGUAGCUACUUGAGUUGAAAGUGGAGGGAGGGCUGACCCAGGCACACACCCUCUGUCCAUGAGCAGGUUAGCAGCGACUGCUAAAGCUCUGGUAGGAGCUGACAACUGUGAUGGCACUAAGGCCAAGGCUGAGUUGGUAUCAUCAUGAGCAAUGGGCACUGAGGUCUGGUUACUUCAACUAUUCUCACAUGCCAUUGAAAAAGCUACCCCUGCUUUCUGUGUUAAGACCAGAUUGUCAACUGACGUAAAGAAAAAUUGUUCAGCUGAGGAGCUGAUCCCAAGACUUCAGGAUAUCAUCCAGUGAGCUUUGUCCCAUUGGCCUCAGCCUGGAGUGGAGAAGACACUGGGCUGUGAGUACCAUCCCUGGGAUCAAAAUUUCAUUCUGUUUUAAGUCAGUUCAACAAAGGCAGAGGCCCUCUGAAGUCCUGUAAAGAUAUGUCUGAUGCAUUUGAAAUGUGAGCUUGUGAAAGACUCUUGCAACCAAAACUUGAAUCCAGAACACUCUUUCUUCAGAACACUCGUGUCUGACUUCAAUGGAGCUAGUGUCUUUUUUUCUCUUGCUUUGCAAUGGCUAAGUGCACUACCCUUAGAGUCUAUUUUUCAUCACUGACCAGGCACUCUUCGCAGUAUUGGGUUGUAAAUAUAAAGAAUUAUUUGUUUUGUAAACUUUUGUAAAAAAAAAACCAAACAAAAAGUAAUAAUAUUUUGGUAGGAAUAAUAAAAAUCAUAUUAUUUGGGUUAUAUUUAUACAUAUGUGAAAUAAAUAUGCUAUCAAAAAGCUGUAUUUUAUACAAAAAAAAAAGACAACUGUUACCUUUUGUAUUCUAUAUACAAAGUUUUGUAUGAUACGAUUGUUUAUUUUUAUCUGCAGACUUCAACUUUGGAUUUUGGGGGAGGGCAGAGUGGGAUCGUGGUUAAUUAGCUGGGUCUGACCCCAAGCUCACUGAAACCAAUGGAGUCUUUCCAUUGCCUUUGCAGGGCUUUGAAUCAAGCCUUUAAAUCACCUUCAGAUAUGUUUGACAUCUGAAGCUCUCUGGAAACCUCAACAUGAAAACAUUCCAGGUUUCAAAUUUUUUCCCUGAAAAAGGCUUUUAUUAUUAUUAUUAUUAUUACAAUUGUUGUUAUUAUUAUUGUAACUCUUGGGAGGCAGGUGGGACCUACGUAACUGUCAUGUCCUUGUUGCAUGUAUGUCUGCUUUAUAUUUUCCCCAUAUUAUAAACCAGUGUUUCUCUAUACAGACCGAAAGGAAAAGUUGCUGUACAGAAAUGUUUGUGUUUAUGCAUUUUUACAUGUGGCUGUAUAUACCUCCUAGUACUAUGCAGUGACACUUAUUUGACUCCAUUUAUUUUUCACCUAAACAUGAAUAGUAUGUUUUUCAGUAGCUAUCAAAAC